CGGAUUAGCAUUUUCAAAUGCUUGUCAACAUCUAGCCAUACACUUGGAAAGGCAAGAUGUUUGAGUUUCAGAAAAUGGGUCUACAACAUGAACACAGAAGAAAAGUAUGACAAGUACAAAAGCUAUAAGACUUUUCGAAGAAUCCUACGGUCCACAUGCCCGAAUUCUGGAAGGGAUAAUGCAAUUGCGUCGCUUGGUGUUUCAACUCCUGAGUUUGAUAAUCAUUACAUUAACAUUCUUGAAGGAAAAGAUUUAUUGGUAUCAGAUAAUGUAUUGGUAACAGAAGACCAUGAAGGGGAGAUAAUAAAGCUGGUGUGGGCUUUUGCCUCUAAUCAAGAGCUUUUCUUUACUUCAUUUGCGAAUUCAGUUGUUAAGACGGGCAAUAUAAAUGUACUCACUAGAAAUGAAAUAGAAAUUAGAAAGAAUUGUGGAUUUGUCAACCCAUAGAUUCUGCCAUUU